AUGUUUUAUGCAGAUUCUAUCUAAGAUGAGAAAAUUAAAUCUUACCUUAUGUAAGUUGAGCAAGAACAAGAGAAGAAGGAUAGAAUAAAAAAACUGGCUGAAUCAUUAAUGAAUAAGACCAAAUUAAAAUUGAAGUUAUCAAAUAAGGAAUCGAAGAGAGAAGAGUAAUUUAAUAAGAAAUUAGAAGAGAUGAAAAAAAUCAGCACUUUCGUAGAUGCAAGACCCUCUAUUAAUCGAUUAAACUUACUUAAUGAUAGAAACCUAAUACUAAAACUCUAAGUGAUUUAGAAGACAUAAAAAUAUUAGGAUAGCAACAAACAUAGCGAAAAUAGAACUUAAAAUCCAAAACAGGAAUUUCAGUCUCUGAAUUCCCAGCCCCUUAUUUUGGAUGAAGAAUUCAAAUUAUAAUUUUUGGCUACAUAGAAUUAUGAGCCAAUCCAAAGAAAACAGCUUUCAAUACCAAAGAGAUUCUAACCGGAGUCCCCCAAAGAUGUUGAGGCCCCAAUAAAAGGAGAAGAAUUGCUCAACUUUGAUCCUUCUCCUAAAAACGAUUCGAAUCUCUUCUAUCGUUCAGUAUUUAGAACUAGUCCUUCUCCUUAAAGAAAGUAGUAAAUUUAAUAAUUUGAGGAGGAAACUCAAAAGGCCAAAUAGUUUCUUCAAUCAUAAGGACUGAUGGAGAAACAGGGAUCAAAGAAUCAAAAGAGAACUCCAUUGAGAAAAAUACCAAUUUAGCAAUACUAUUAGAACUUUCAGAAGUAAUGUUAGUCAUUAGUGAAGGAUGUGGCUAUGGAAUCGAGAAGGAGAAGGAUUAUGAGUCAUAUGGUUGAGAGUGAAGGAUGUUCUUCUAAGAAAGAGAUUGUGAAAGAGGCCAUCAACCAUAAAAGUCAAAAUACAUUUACAAUGAGCACCAUGAAGUUAAAUAAAUCAUAGACAAAUUCCUUCUCAUCUCCAAGAUAAAAAAUCAAUAAUUCGAAUCAAAAGAAUAAGUUGGGAUCAUAGACCUAAAGAAUUUUAAGGAAGUCUAAAAGUAUAUUUGAUUCUGAAUAGAACAGUCCUAUUAAAACAAGAUUGCAAACUUAAUUUGAGUCAUUUACUUAAGCUGUUAACAAAACUUAGGAGGCAUUCAAUAAGAUAAACAAGGGGAAUGAGAAGAUUAUUCGAAGGAUGUCUACUGCAGUUAAUAGUAUUCAUAAAAAGUAUAGUAAUGGGAUUGUUUAAGUUUAAUGA